CCCCCGCCCCCAGCCCUCCAGCUCCCGGAGCCGCCGCUUCCUCCCCCUGACCCCCUCCCCCGGCCAUGGAGUGCCCUCACCUCAGCUCCAGCGUCUGCAUUGUCCCGGACUCGGCCAAGUUCCCCAACGGCUCCCCGUCGUCCUGGUGCUGCAGCGUGUGCCGGUCCAACAAAAGCCCCUGGGUCUGUUUGACUUGUUCAAGUGUUCAUUGUGGAAGGUAUGUGAAUGGUCAUGCAAAAAAACAUUAUGAAGAUGCACAGAUUCCCUUAACCAACCAUAAGAAAACAGAAAAGCAAGAGAAAGUUCAACACACUGUGUGCAUGGAUUGCAGUAGUUACAGUACAUACUGUUAUCGCUGUGAUGAUUUUGUGGUAAAUGAUACCAAGCUUGGACUGAUACAGAAAGUCAGAGAACACUUACAGAACUUGGAAAAUUCAGCUUUUACAGCGGACAGACAUAGGAAAAGGAAACUUUUGGAAAACUCAUCUCUAAACAGCAAGUUGUUAAAAGUAAAUGGAAGUACCACUGCCCUUUGUGCUACAGGCCUUCGGAAUUUGGGGAACACAUGUUUUAUGAAUGCUAUUCUUCAGUCACUCAGUAAUAUUCAGCAGUUUUGCUGUUAUUUCAAAGAACUUCCAGCUGUGGAAUUACGAAAUGGGAAAACAGCAGGGAGGCGGACUUAUCACACCAGGAGCCAAGGGGAUAACAAUGUUUCCUUGGUAGAGGAGUUUAGAAAAACAUUGUGUGCUUUAUGGCAAGGCAGCCAAACUGCAUUUAGCCCAGAAUCCUUAUUUUAUGUUGUUUGGAAAAUCAUGCCAAAUUUUAGGGGUUAUCAGCAGCAAGAUGCUCAUGAAUUUAUGCGCUAUCUUUUGGACCAUCUACACUUGGAACUCCAGGGAGGCUUCAAUGGAGUUUCUCGAUCAGUAAUUCUGCAAGAGAAUUCUAGUCUUUCUGCAAGUAACAAAUGUUGCAUAAAUGGAGCAUCUACUGUUGUCACAGCUAUAUUUGGAGGCAUUCUUCAGAAUGAAGUUAACUGCUUAAUAUGUGGGACAGAAUCUAGAAAGUUUGAUCCAUUUCUUGACCUUUCAUUAGAUAUUCCCAGUCAAUUUAGAAACAAGCGUUCUAAGAACCAAGAAAAUGGGCCCUUGUGUUCACUCCGAGAUUGUCUUCGUAGUUUUACAGACUUGGAAGAACUUGAUGAGACAGAACUGUAUAUGUGCCACAAAUGCAAAAAGAAGCAGAAAUCCACCAAAAAAUUUUGGAUUCAGAAAUUACCAAAGGUGCUAUGCUUACACUUGAAAAGAUUUCAUUGGACAGCAUAUCUAAGAAACAAGGUCGAUACCUAUGUAGAAUUUCCUCUGAGAGGCCUAGAUAUGAAAUGCUACUUGUUAGAGCCUGAGAAUAGCGGCCCUGAAAGCUGCCUUUAUGACCUUGCUGCCGUUGUCGUGCAUCAUGGUUCAGGUGUUGGUUCUGGACAUUACACAGCUUAUGCAACUCAUGAAGGUCGCUGGUUCCAUUUCAAUGACAGCACCGUAACCCUGACCGAUGAGGAGACCGUGGUGAAGGCCAAGGCCUACAUCCUCUUCUACGUGGAGCGCCAGGCUCGCUCUGGCUCAGAGAAGCUCUGAUCCACCUUCAGCACCCUUCAGCAAGUCCACUGGACAAAACAUUUCCAAUUUUCCACAAAUACUUGAUCCAAGACUAUUAAUUUCAUUGUGCACUUUUCAGCUUUCUAUCGUGGGUUUCAUUUUGUUGUGUCAAUGGUAGCAUUCAACUUGGACACAAACUUUUUUUUUUUAGUUUUACCAGAAAACCCCAGCAGACAUUUUGAUUUGCUGCUUUA